CAACGUUACCAAGUAAACAAACGUCAUGCUGAAAUCAACAAUUGUGGAUACACGUGUGCGUCUGCGGCCAUCGCAAAAGGUGUUGACAUUUCUGGAUGCACAAAAGGAACAUCUCUUGGAGGUGCCUCCUAAUGUGGCCAAUAUACUUAAAAAGAACGGAUGUAAAUUGCCCUCAAAUACGAGAAUCUUAAAAGAUGAUGAGCUCUCUUUUAAGCGGCCCGUUAUCGAUACGAAGCUGCUGGAUAAGCUCACAGCUGAGAUUAAGGAUUUGCCAGAGAAGUCUGACGAUGCAGAAGCAAGCGAGGAGGAGGAGGAGCAAGAGGAUGCACAGGAACCAAAGCCAGCCGAAGGUUCCUUUUUAUAUCUCAUCGAUUUGCACUGGCUGAAUGAUGUAUUGACCAAACUACGUGCUAAGAGUAUAACAAAUAUUUUUCUACAUGAACUUAUUGAAAGCUGUGAGCUCAUAUUGCCGGAGAAUGAGCUAAAGCCACGGAAUCCUGAGUUGGAGGCACGUUGCCAGCGCCUACGACAGGAGCAACAAAAUCGGGAAUACCAAAAGAUGACCAAAAAUGUCGAUGCGACCCUUAAAAAUCAUCCCGAGGACACCAUUGCCUAUCAAUUAAAAAGCAUCAAUAAGCAGAUUAUUGCCGUUGCCCAGUUCAUCUUUUCCGUAGCUGCAGGAUUUACAUUUGGUUUCUUUGGCGUAAAUUUGAUGGUUGGUCCUUUGCCCUUUGGAUUCCGAAUCCUGUUGGGCGUCAUUGUAGCUCUGAUUAUAGCCCUGGCCGAGAUGUACUUCCUGGCCAAGAAGUUGCAUGAGUACGACGAGGUUUUGGAUGCACCCAAGCGCAAAAAACCAGAUUUGCCCAAAACAAGCGGAGUGCAGAAUGUCAAACCGCAUAUUGAAUAGAUAUAGAAAAUUAAUUAAAAAGCUAAAAUAGA